AUGGAUAUAAACUCGAAAGCUGAAAUCAUAUCAACACGCUGGAGGUCAAUACGCGAUAGGUUUAUGCGUGACCUCAAUGAUGAACGAACGGCGCCAAGUGGUUCCGGUCCUUCUCAGAGGAAAGCUUACCAAUAUGCACCACAUCUUCAAUUUCUUCAACGUUGUUUUCAGCAGCGCAUGACUCAUUCAAGCACACUCCCUCCUGAAGCAGAACCUCUUGAACAUGAGGAAUCAACCGAACAAUUGUCUGGACGAUCUACCGAUCAAACUUCGUUACUAUCUCAGUCACAGGAUUCUGCUCUGGAGUCGCGCGGCCGCCAAACUGAGACAUGUGCUCAGAUUGAAGAUACUCGACAGUUCAUUUCUUCUGCCUUUGACAGAGUUUUAAGUAGGCCGAGGCCACUUCGAAGACCACAUAGAGUCUUUGAGGAUCUUGCACUGAUCUUCCGAGAUUGUUUAUUAAAAAUAGAGGAGGAGCAAACUCGGUAUAAGCAAGAGUUAACUUCCAUGAUCAAUCAUGUCGAGGUAGUUUGUCAUCCAGAACCCCUUAACCAUAAUCAGCAGUUUCUCUUAACGUUAAGUCAUUGGAUGGACAACAUGACUCCAGAGCAGAAUUGUGAUUGUCGAGUGACAUUGAUCAAAACUGUUUGGAAUAUUAAACACCCACCACCCUCUCAAUUUGUUCCUCUGGCUCAGUCGUAUCCCCCAGCCACCUCCUACCCAACAUCCAUGACUUCUCCACCUGCUCACUCAUACUCUGAGCCACAUAUCGCUCCCCAGUCACAAAACUUUCAACAGUCACAAAACUUUCAACAGUCACAAAACUUUCAACAGUCACAAAACUUUCAACAGUCCCAAAACUUACCCCUAUCCCAAAACUUUCAACAAUCACAAAAUUUUCCCCAUUCACAAAACUUUAGCCAGUCCCAAAACUUUCCCCCAUCCAACACUUUACCUACGUACCACAACUUCCCACAGGCCCAAAACGUAGGCACUGCACAAAACUUUCCAGCUUUACAGAACUUUCCAUCAACAUCCCACAUCUUUAUUCCAUCCCAAAGCCAUCCACCGUCCCAAAGACAACCUACGUCCCACCAAUACCCAACGUCUCACACAUUUCCACCUUCUCAAAGCCAUAGCACAUCCCUCAGAUAUCAACCUGCAUCAACCUUUCAAGAGACUUUGAGCCAAUCUCAAUCACAGCUACCGUCCUAUGUCUCUGCACAAACACCUUUCCAAUCCAAAAGCACUGGAAGUUCCCAAACACGUCUACAGACACCAAGUCCAGAUGUGAUUUCUAUGUCAACUCCAAAUAAAAUCUCCAUAAACGAAGGUGUUUCCACCUCCGUUUUUCCCACUCCAACCACUUUUAAUACCCCUUUCUCAAACAAAUCUGUUCCAUACCAAUCUGGUACUGAUUCAUAUUCCCUUCAUACUCCACAACAUCAACAACAGGGUGAUUAUGUCAGACCGCAACAUUCGUUCAUGCAAUCACUCCUAGACCAAAGUGCAGAAGAUGAUGGGUCCCCAACUGCAGCCCCAGGAAAGGCUCCAUUCACUCAACCACCACCCUAG